UUCCCUACUGCGCAUGCGCCGAGGGUCAGCGCCCGGCGCUGCAGCCCCUCCUCCUGGCGCCGUCCGUCCGUCCAUUAGCGCGGGGCUGGCGAGAUGAGCGCGCGCUCCCUCUCCAAGGGCUGCUUUGUUUUUAAACCAAACCCCAAGAGGAGAAAAUUGUCUCGGACAACAGCUGACUAUUUCAGAGAAGGAAGCAGUGAUUUGGAGGACAGUGAGCUACGGUUUGCUACUUGCCAGUCAUUACAGAAACAGGUCAAAUCAGAAACAGAGCAAAUAGAGGAAGUAUUGAAUGAACAGUUAUUUGAUAACCUAGUGAGUUUUUUGAGACGGUCUCAUUCUGCAUUCCAAGAGAAGACAACAGAAUGGACGUGGCGAAUGAAGUCCAGAGAAAUCCCUACUGCAGCUCUUGUCUUAGGUGUGAAUGUUACAGAUCACGACUUCACCUUUAGAAGUCUCUCAGAAUUCCUUCAGAAUAAUGUUACUCCUUACAUAGCGUUGCUGGAAGCCAAAGAUUGCCCAGGCAUUAAAAAUCUGAUGCAGAAGCUGUUGGGACAGCUGAUGAACUGCUGUAUAGAUGUGGACUCAUCAGAAGAGGAGGACUACGAACAGGUUUCCCGUAAUAGAGUUCGUUGUUCGAUGACUUCUCUUAUCAGCUGGUAUGAGAGUGCAACAAAGAAAACAGAUUCUGAGACUCCAGGCAAAAAAAGAACAUCUUCCAGACACUGGCAGUCUCCUCCAGUUGUUGUUAUCUUCAAAGACAUGGAAAGUUUCACCACAAAAGUACUUCAGGACUUUGUGCUUAUCAGCAGUCAGCAUAUUGGUGAAUUUCCUCUUGUACUGAUUUUUGGAAUUGCUACAUCUCCAAUGAUUAUCCACAGCUUACUUCCUCACUCUGUUUCCUCUCUGCUGUGCAUAGAGCUUUUUCAGUCCCUUUCCUGUAAGGACCACCUGUCUACUAUAAUUGACAAGGUACUUUUAACAACCCAGUUUCCACUUAAACUGAGUGAGAAAGUUCUGCAGGUUCUCAUCAACAUAUUCCUCUACCAUGAUUUUUCUGUCCAGAACUUUAUCAAAGGAUUUCAGCUCUGUAUUGUGGAGCACUUCCAUUCCAAUCCUCUUAGUAUACUGUGUUGCCAGCUGGAAGAAGCAAAGAGGAGAGUAAAUUCUUUAUCACAUAAUCAGUGUGAAAACGUUCGAAGACUGCCCUCUUUUAGAAGGUAUGUGGAAAGUCAAGUCUCAGAGGAACAGAUCGCACUGCUGACAGCAGACAGUUCCUUAAAGGAAGCAGUGCGGAAGCUGCUAGAGGACUUGAAUGUUUACCAUGAAAAUUAUUUUCCCAUUCUGAGAUGUCUUCAUGUUUUCACAUCUUCUCUUCCAAAGUAUCCUUUGGGCAAGCAGAUCAGGGAACUGCACUGUGCAUGUUUGGAAAACCGAGUGUGGGAGACGGAAGAGUAUGAGUCAUCACUUCAGUUAGCAAGAAUGUUGAACAAGUCUGAUUUGCUAACCAUGCUUCAAAAGUGUGUGGAAAUUCUUGUGUCAUCUCCUGGAAGGGAGUUUGAUGAGAUAGUAGAGAAGCUGAAAGAGUUCUUGACCCAGUUUCAGAAACUAGAAGCAGAAGCUUACCAAGAACGAGAUGAGUCCGUAUCGCCCCAAAAAGAGCUCCAGAAGAAGACAAAUCUUUAUAAUCUCCAGAAGACUUUGUUGGAGUUGAAGGAAUCAAGGCGGUCUAAGAAACUGACCAAGUUUGAAACGCUUCGUUUUGAAGUUGUUGACUAUAUAGACAGUCUUGUAAGACGUUACCUUGUUCCAGCAGACCACAAGACUCUGCAUGAGAUCGUGUAUUUCAACACAGCCAGUGUUCUCCGCGAGCACCUGAAUGCUGCCCCGAGGAUUGCACUGCACACAGCUUUGAAUAACCCAUACUCCUACCUGAAGAGUGAAGCACUGAAGAGUGAUGGAGGAAGCAUUUCUAACAAAGCUCCUGACAUAUGCAUUGCCUACAAGCUUCAUUUGGAGUGUGGCAGAUUGAUUAACCUCGUGGAUUGGUUAGAGGCUUUCUCGACCGUGGUGACAGCAGCUGAGGGACCAACUGCAGAUGCAGCUUCCUCAGACCAGGUGGAUGAUGUUAUACACGCUCGUUUUAUUCGAGCUGUUUCUGAACUGGAACUCCUGGGCUUCAUAAAGCCCAGCAAGCAGAAGACGGAUCACGUGGCACGGCUGACCUGGGGAGGCUGUUAAUGUGCCACCACAACCUUAAUAAAGCUGUUCUUUGUAACCUGGUGCAAUGGCUGUGCUCCCACUCAACCAGUCUUUGUGUAACUGAGUCAGUGUUGGAGAUGACUGAAUGCUGAGCUGUGUUCCGAGUAACUUCAGUAACCAUUUUGUUUUUAAACAUCUGCCUCCAUACUGUAAUGUACUGCUCAUGAUCCAAGUACUGCAGCGUUGCACUCAUUUUAAUGUUCUUUGAUGUAGGAUAGUCAACGCUAUACUGAUAUAAUUCAGGCUACCAAGCCAAAAUGAGAACACUGGAUGUGUCAGCUGCAGCAGUGAUGAAGCAGUAGCAUUAACUUGCUCAUGAUCAGAUAGUAAUUGAAUCAUCAUUAUAAAAUGCAUUCCAGAUCCUUGAACUACACGUUUAGUAAAAAAAAAGACACCAAGCUCCCACCCUCAGCAGCUGCUCCGUGUCCUUCAAACCAGAAGUCAUCACAGCACCUUGAAAAACUUGAUCAGAAGGAAGAGGGAGGGAUGGAAUGAUGACAGUGCAGGUGUUUGUUCUCUGCGAAGAGAAGCAAGCUGUACAUUGUUCCAGUGAAGCUGAGCAGCACUAGCUAAUUUGCUGUUGGGGAAUUUGUGUCAUCUAUUGGCUAGGAGCACUAAAGCACUGCUCUUCUGGCAUCUUCAGCCAGUAACUGCCUUGGGGACAGAUCCUGUGAAGGCACUUGGCCCUGCAGUGAGAAAGCCAGGAUGCUGAGCCCUGGCACUGCCCAAGUGACCCCUUUUUUCUCUGCUGCACACAAGCUAUGCUACGCGUCUUACAUGUCAAGCUUUAACUUUACGCACUCAAAUUUGGGCAGCAAAUGAGUUCAUGCUGAUGUCAUUGUCCCAUUUUCCAAUCAUGGAAAAACCCUUCCAAACUAACAAGGAAAAGCUGCUUUUACCUCCAGAACAGGGUGAAGGUCUGCUAUGCAUGAUAAACAUGAUUGUCCUGCAGCAGCUCAGCUGUAUGGUUGGAGCCUUCAGCUCAGCCUUCAUCACCCAGCAAAGGGCUGCACUGUUAGAAAAACAUUUAGACUGUGCUAAGCUGAAUGGUAAUUAUUCAGCUUAUUGCAAAAGACCAAGAACACCUUCCAGACUCUCAGCUGACUGCCUCUGCUUUCCUUUGGUUAGAGGUAUGUAAGUGCUGCACUGGGUGCAGACAUUCAGCUGUCACUGGAAUCCUGAUGCUUUCCUCUUUGCUGCAUUGUACUCCAGCCUUCAUACAGUAGUUGGGAACGAUAGCAGAGCUCUGAAGUUUGAAUCACAUGAGUAAAAUACAGCUGUGCAAGAACAGGGUAAGUCCUAUCACAAAAACCUAGAACUUAAGCUAUUUCCAAGGAGCAGAUAGAAGUUAUGUUAAAGUAUCCUGAGAAAGAACAGGAGCCAUGUAUUUUUGCGUCUUUAUAACUGCAGAGACACAAGUAAUGCUUCCUGCUGUACUAUGUUCUGAAUGGUGUCAAGGCUGAGCAAGAAGAGUUAUCAGCCUUUAUAAUGCCUAAUCCUGCAAUGUCGGAAGCAUCUCAACAAAAACUCAAAGCAAGAACUUCUAGGAUCUUGUAGAGCAACUGAAAUUUCCUCUCUCCCACCAAAUCGACUCCAGAGCCCAAGCUGGUGGCAUUUGUACUUGUGAAAUUUCCAAGCAGAAAGGAAAUUUCAGUAGUUGUGGAAUGCUAUGUAAGCAUUCUGUGUUCUCAACCUGGCCUAUUUAUCUUGCAAGUACACUUGAAAAAUGGAAGUGAGCAGCAGAACAGCCCAAUAUCUGACUGCUCAGCAGGACGUGCAGCCAAGCGCACCUCACACUGCCUGCAACCUGCCACCUAAUGUAGCCAAACACUAGACUGGGCCCCAGCAGCUCACUUUCAGACCUAAAGAGCUCAAAUAUUCAGUAAUAAAGGGAAGCAAUCUUUAACAAGUACACGAUGUGCCCAUGUAGAAUGCAUCUGUCUUCUCUCAAUGUUUUUACAUUUCUUGUAAAUACUCAGAACUCACCCUCGCUCACCGUAGCUGACACUGUAUGCAGUGCCCGCAGCUUUCAGCAGUACUGCAGAAACCUCAACCCAGAACGUUCACUGUUGGAAGAAUUCACUGUUUUUCUCUGCUGUAACAUUUGAAGGUUUUUGCUGUUCCCUGAUAGCCUCCUUGCUGAUUUCAAACACAAGAAACUUGAGAAGGUAAACAGUGAAAGAUCCUAUUGCAACAGUAAGGCAGGACAAACCACUGCUAAAGCCAAACAUUCAUCCUCACAUAUUUCACCUGAGAAUUACUUCUCUGCAAAGUCACGAGCAAUGCUCCACAAUGGGAGCACAAACCGGCUGUGGAAUCACACAGGUAAAUCAAUCAUUCCCAAUGACCAGCUCAUGACCAGAGCGAGCCUUCACAGCACAGCUCCUGUCCACACUGCGGUAACAGUCCUGCUGUGUAAGACCACAUAGCAGGUCUCGAGCACCAGCACAGGACUGCAUGCAUCCCCUUCCUUUUCAGCUUUGAAAAACACUGAAGAAUCUUUAUUAUGUGCUUCCUUAUCUAGACAAAAAUCAACACACAAUGUACAUGCUGCUUUCUCACUUUACAGUAACCAAAGUCUGCCUGGAAAGAUUUUAAGCAUCACUAUCUUAAAAACAGGUUAACCAAGAUCUUUAACGCUGCAAAGCUGCAAUGAACUGCCCUCUAUUUGCCUUGCUUUUGGACUGCAGAUAAAUAGAAAUAGGGAAGAAAAAAAAAAGUUACUCUUACCCCUUUCUAAUGUAUCUCUAAGCCCUCCACAACACCUCUGAAAAGCUGCCAAAGCAGAUGUGUUCUUUAAGCACCACCAGACUCCAUCGCAUAACCAUAGAAAAAAAGCAGCCAGUCAUUUUCCCACCAAUGAGCAUGCUAGCUAUUGCAAGCCUGAUGUGUGACAGUCAUCACAUCAGCUAUCAAUCACUGAACUCACAGAAUGGAGUCCAUCCAAGCAGCAGGUAAAAAAAAGACUUCAAAGAAUGCAACCUUAUUUUCCAAAGAGGCGCAGAUGAAGCACACUGCAGCGGUGAUGCACAGGCACCCGCGUGGCAUUCAUCUGCCAGCAGGCUGUUUACUAUGCAUGAACGUGGGGCAGCACAGGAAUAACUGGGUGCUAGCAUGACAUCACUUCUUGUUUCUAAUGGCUCUUAAUAUCCUGAAAAUUAAGAUAAGCUGAGACACAAUCACAACAGCUGUUAUUUUAAUUCUACCACCAACUCUCAGGCAUGUACUGUUUUCUGUCAAGCCAGAUUGAGGACCCUUGGAACACAGGUGAUAAAGGAGGUGCAAUGGCAUUCUGCUGGAAUUCUGCAGUGGUCCAUCUGGGAGCUUUCCUUGUCUGGACAAGGUGAACACGUGGGGAUCUGAGGAGUAAGGAGGGGCUGAGAACCCCAAGGCAGAAAACAGAAGUGACAGCCCCCAGCAGUUCUGUCAUUACGUUCAGCAAUGGAAGACCCAAAAGUAACAGAGUUCUUAUCUCGACCGCUCCGAAAUACAGUUAAGAAGAAAAUAUUCUUUUUAGAGGUCAGAUAAAGUCAAAUAGACUUUGGGAAAGCAUGCAGAAAACAGAUACUGCGGCUUUGUGCAUAGUUCUGCACCUAUGUCACUACUAAAGGAAAUAAAAUUCAUGAAGAGCCACCAUGAAAAGCCAAGUCACACGGCUUUUCUAGAACCCUACGACUGUGUAGAUCUACCAGCUGAAGUUACAAUUACAUUUCAACUAAAACUUUUCCCCAUUAAUUUGAAGUGGAGGCAUACAGACUUCCACUUAAGCAGAGGCUGACAGUAAGUGAAUGCAGAGAACACUUUAACCAAGAGAUUACUCCAAAAAAGCUCCUGAGUCCCAGAAACAUAAUCCAAGUAAUGUGAUGAGCAAUACUUGUACCCAUGGCACAGAGAUCUGGAAUCACCGUGUAGCAACAACAUUUCAGUCAUUUACAGUGACUCAGAACCGCACAGACAACGGCAGCCACCCCUGAUACAGCAGUUUGGAAACAGCUGAGCGUAUCUAAGAACAAACUCCUGGACCAGCACACAGAGAUUGCACACCUCCAGCUCUCCCAGCACCUGGGUAGUUGCAGCUUGUGGUGCAAGCAGCCGCUCUAUCUGUGAGCACAUCUCCUUUGAUGUGUCACUCAGAACUGAAGGAAGAUGAGCACAGCUGUUGAGUCAGCGGCAGUGGCUUAAAGCAGCACUGGCAGUUGUAUAACAAACAUGCCUCCGUAACUACAGACCGCAUCCAACCUAACACAAUUUGCGGCCUCUGAAGGCUUACGUAACAUUUUCAUCCACUUUUU